AUCUUGACCUGUCCCUCGUCGCUUGGCCUGUCUCACCCGUGGCUCAGCCAAUCUCGAAUUCGUCUCGUGUAAAUCAAGGAAAACACCUUGUUCUUGAGUGAGACGAUGAAGGCGGCCGUCUCAACCAUACUGCUCGCUGCAGUAGUGCGAGCUGUUCCUGCACCCGCUGUCAAUAUCGACACCAACAAGCUUUUACCUUUCUCCACACCAAACGUUUUCAACUUGAUAACGAGAACCUCGGAGAUCAACGAGAAGCGGCAAGGCUGGCUCUACGGAACUUAUCCCUUCGGCGUGGCCCCUUACCCUACUGGAAAGCUUGCUGAUAAGAAAAUCGCCGAGGACCAGGCGAUAUGGAAGCCUCCUGUUUUCGAGUUGGGUGCCAUCAUUCAAAAUGAGACCCAGGAAGCCGUAGAAGCUGUCAUUGCGGCCGGUAAUUUCUCUACAUUAGAUGACUAUCACAAAGUCUACACAAACUUAUGGCGAACAUCCCUUCCAAGCGGCCCACUCCCGGGUAUGCUGACUAACCACACCGACGACCGGACAUUCUCCAUGAUGAGAUUAUCAUCUGUCCCUUUUAGAAUUCGUCGCGUGAAGGUUGAUGAAUCUCUGCUCUUCCCUGUCGACGAGGAGAUAUCCAAGUCGAUCACCGGAAAUACCCUGGAAGAACUCCACGCCCAAGGCCGCCUCUUCGCGGAAGACUUCGAAGAGAUGAAGGACCAAGAGACAACGACAGCCUAUGGUGCCGGAUGUCAAGCCUACUUCUACAUAGACGAUGCUGGCGACUUCCUCCCGCUCGCUAUUCGACUGGUUGUCAAGGGUCGAGAAGACUCCGCUCUCGUCUACACGCCCAAGGACAUUCGUGACGAAUGGCUGUUCGCCAAGAUGACAAUCAACGCCAACGACGGAUGGCACUCGACGUGGGGCCACACCACUAUGUCGCACUCAGCCGCUGAGGCUCCAUACUUGGCUGCUAUCCGAACUUUGAGUGAAUACCACCCAGUCAUGGCUCUUUUGAAUAGAGUCGAGAAUACACCUUGGAGCAUUCGACCUAAUCUGCAAGAAAGUCUUGUAAACGGCAGCAUGGACACUGGUCCAAAAUACUACCCAUGGAGUGCUGAUGCUGCUCGCGCUUGGGCGAACAAGGUCUACUCAUCAGGCGAGACAGCAAACUACACAAGCAACAUGUUCUACAACAGCUUGAGGCGCCGAGGUCUGAUAGACUAUGAACACGGGCCCGCCUUGAAGUCUUUCCCUUUCUACGAAGAUGGAGCCGUCCUCAUGAACGCCUUUAACGAAGUAUUCAUGAGUUUCGUCAAUUCUUACUACAAGAAUGACAAGGCAGUCGCAAACGACCGAGAGAUUCAGGCUUGGCUCAGGGAAACCGUACCUGCGCAGGUUCACGAUUUCCCCAAGCAGAUCCAAACCAAAAAGGAUCUCGUCGGAAUCCUCUCACACCAAGCUUACCUCGGCUCUGUUGUCCACGCUAUCAUGAGCGGAAACGGCAAUCAGCUAGACAUUAUGGCCCUGCCAUUCUCCACAGCCGGGUGGCAAUCACCAAUACCGACCAAGAAGGGUGUUAUCACGGAUAUCAUGGAAUGGAUGCCGACUCCAGAAGGAGCCGCAUGGCAGGUCGCCACGUAUGCGGCCGGCAACCGCGCGAGCUGGAAGGACACGGAGAUGACGCUCGCGUACAUGUUCGAGGACAAAGAGCUACAGAGUCGAAUGAACGCGCCUACGAGGGCAGCCAUGGCUAAGUUCAAGAACGACAUGUUCGCGCUGAGCGACAAAUGGCGGGCACGAGGAUUCGACGAGAACGGCCUCGACCGGGGGAUGCCGUAUAUUUGGAACGUAUUGGAUCCCAAAUGGGCUAUUUACUGGAGCGUGGUUUAAACGGAAAUUAGGCAUAUGACAAUUUAUGGGAAUAGAAUAAACGAAACGAUAUAGUAUGACAUAUGGGUUAGGUUAUGUGCUUUGGGACGAAUUGCUCAUUGGAAGCAGUUUGGAUCCUGCUUAUAGAUACCAAAUAGAUAGAUAAACAACUCCUAAGUUGAGAGCCUAAAAGAGUUUCCUCUCAUGUUAUCCAAAAU